AUUUGUGGAAAAAUGCUGAGCUACCAUUGUCUUAUCCUGCUGCAGUUGAUUUUGGUCGUCUCCGUGGGGAUUAUAUAUUUGAGGGCUCCUUCUCUGGGAGACUUGGAACCGCAAAAUGUGGAACCGCUAAAGGAGCGUCCCCCGGCCGAUCGUCUUGUCAUUUUGCUGAGGGAUGGCCUCUCUGCCCAAACAUUCUUGUCCAAUAGAUGUGGUUCCAUACCCCUACUCCAGGGCAUCUUUAUGCGGGAAGGUCUCAUGGGAGUUAGUCGUCCUGAGACAACCACCUAUUCGUCCUUGUCACCAUACGUGUCCCUGUUUACCGGCUACAAUGAGAAUGCAGCGAUGGUGGCACGUGGAUGGGUGCAUUAUCCGACCCUCGACACAAUUUUCAAACGGUGUAACCGAAGCUAUGCCUGGACCACCUCGCAAGUCCUCAGACGCCUUCCCGACAUGGGCCAAGUCAAGGUGAUAAACUACAAGAGUCGAUCCGCCGGAACCUCAUCCAAAUCCAAACCGGAGCAAGCUACCAACAACGCCGUGGAACAAUUUCUCUGCAGGGAUUCCAGCCGGUUGCAGAAUAUCACGGGACUAGUCUUCUUUAUCCACCUGACAGGAGUGGAACCAUCCCUAAAGACACUCUCCCUAAUCGAAUCGAAUAUCCAUGACAUUUAUAAACAGUUUGAAAAAAACUUCCCCGAUAACAGAACGGCAUAUCUCCUGACCUCCAAUCUGGGAAAUCCGCAACCUAAAACCGAAUGCAAGCUGGCGGUUGAAUCGCCCUUCUUCCUCUGGGGAUCCGGUGUGGCUCACAUUAAGUCCAUGCCAGGACGAACCUUUGUAGCCAACAGCACUGGGUUCAGGCUGCCACUGCAUGUCCUGCACCCACCACAGAUCACAGCACUCAUGAGCGCCUUGCUGGGACUGCCCCCGCCAGUGAACAGUAGGGGCAUCCUCCCUAACGGAUUUCUGAACGCCAGUAUAAGGUACGAGGCCAAUGCCAUGUUGACCAAUGCCAGACAGCUUCUGGCCCAAGCCCGACACCUCUGGGAGCAGCAUCCCAGCAGAUUACCGGCCUUCUGGUUGGACGCCAAAACAAUGGAUAGUUUUUUGAAGAACUCCAUGGGCUUGAAGACUCAACGUCGCUUUAAGGCUAUGCGGGAUUAUGCAGCCAACUUCAUGCCGGUGCUGAUCAAGGCAAUCGACUACUAUCAGAACUUCUAUAAAAUCGCCUUGUUGGUUGCGGUGAGUCUGGCGGAGAUUGGCUGGGUGUACUGUGUGCGCUGUCACUUGGAAAGUGAAGCUGUCUCAAAAGUAAACUCUGCGGACCUGGCAGUGAGGCCAUUACAUCGCCUGAUAUGGUGGCGGGCUGCCUCCCGAACACUGACUGGGAUCUUGGUGAUUUACAUGCUUCUCGAUGGAUUCCCCUUCUCGGUGAUGAGCGUUCUUCUGCUGCCCUCAUUGUACUGGAUGCUUAGCCUGAAGAUGAUCGGCAAACGUCCCAGGAUGGCCGGGUUCUGUAGUUUACUCCUGCCUGUGACUAUAGCUUUAAUUUGCUUGGGAGGAUUCGUUAGGCGUUGGUUUAUUACCCUGGGCUAUUUAUCCUUUGCCUGCUUUUCCAACAGAGAUGCCUUCCGAGUCCGAGGAUUUUUCUUCUACCUCUGGUUGCUGCUGCUACUGGGACUUGCGUGUCUGCCAUUUCAACCAGAGUCCUUGGGCUGCUCUCAACCAGGAGCUCUAGUUUUAAGUAUCCUUCUCACCCUACUGCGACCUCUGGCCUGUGGCAUUUACCACAAUCUAGUCACCUGGUUGAGCAACCUCUUUGUGAUGCUCGUGGCCCUCGAGCAUGUUCUUAUAGGCUGGUAUCCAGGCGCAACAUACAUAGUAUCCUGGACAUACCUGGUCUUCGUGGCGUUCUGGCAAAGACGUAAUCUCCAGCCCAGCGAACUGAUGUUCUUCAACCUCAGUACCUUGUACACGUUAUCCUGCACAUCCUACGAAGUGGUAGUUAUCCAAAUGCUAGCCCUGGAGCUGCAGGUGGCUCUGCGGAUGAAGCUGGAGAGGAAUGAGAAUAUUGGACCGAAAACCGCCGCCAUAUACAUAUUCCUGUAUAGCUGGUAUUCUCUGCUUGCAAUCGGCAGCUUCCCGGCAUUCGACGAUUUCUUGGACAUCCUGCAUGAGUCCUGUCUCGGCCAUUUAAACGUGACUCAUGCUCUGGUAGUUUGUAUUAAGCUGACUCUGCCCUGGUUGCUCCUGCUCUGCAUCCUGGCUGGUAACUACAAAGAUAUCUGGGCACACGAACGCCAAAUCUUUGUAUGGCUUUUGUUUAUGAGCAACAUUACGUCCAUGGUUCUAUUGUGGCGAAUGCGAGAUUACGGUCCUUGGCGGGAGAUCCUUAGCCGAUUUGCAGAGUUUGCAGUGGUUCAAGUAUUCCCUAUUAUCUGGCUAGGACUCUGGAAAUUGGCUCAAUUGAAUGUGGGUUCCAAAUGGAUUUCCCAGUUGCCGGAGAGAGCACCAUUUCAUUAACUGUUCUAUGUUAUUUAAACUGUU